AUGGCGUUUGGAUCAUGUCUAAGUUCGACGUGCGCUUUGUUUUUAUACUUGAAUGGGGCUGUUUGUAAGAAUGGGUGUGAGUUCAAAGUAUCCUCACUCGCUCCAAAUAGUGAAAGGUUGUUCGCUAAUUGCUCUGAAACUGGAUUUUCAGCUAUUGUAGCUCAACCACCGCCUAUCAUCGAAUAUGGUCAUCAGAAUCAAACGUUAAUGGUUGGAUCGUCGGCCACGUUACCAUGUCAGGCGAGUGGUCGGAUACCGCCGAGGAUUUCAUGGUUACUCAACGGAAAUACAGUUGAUACCGCCAAGGAUAAUCGCUACAGUCAGCAUUCGAGUGGCAGUCUGCAUAUUGCGGAUCUCAAAAAAUCCGACAGUGGUGUUUACACAUGUCGAGCAAAGAACGAUGAUGGGGAAUCGACUUGGACAGCAUCGUUGGCCGUUGAGGAUCACAACACCAAUUCGAUUUUCUCGCGUAUGCCGGAUCGGUCAAACUUCCCAUCUGCGCCAUCACAACCAAUCGUCAGUAAUGUGUCAGACACUGAGGUGGAUUUGGAAUGGCGAGCCCCUGAACGAAACGGGGGUAGUCCUAUCACUGGCUACAUAAUUCAAUUUUUCAGCCCGGAAAUGGGAGAGACCUGGUUAAAUGCUCCAGACUACGUCUUUGGUUCACAAUAUCGUAUAAAGAAUUUGAAGCCAUCACAUACAUAUGUGUUCGUCGUUAGAGCUGAAAACGAAAAAGGUAUUGGACCACCAAGUCCAGUAUCUUCGGUUGUAAGCACGAUGGCAAGAAAUGCCUAUUGUAAGUUGGCAAGAUGUUUUCGCUUUUGA